GUAAAACGGAGCAUAUUUUUUGACUGCUGCACAGUAAGUGGAGGGGAGUUAGGGGGUGUUUGUGUUAAGUUUUGUUUUAUUUGGGAUUUUUUUCCUUUAAACAUGAUGAUAUUCUGAAGAGAGUUUUCUGUGAGCUGGCAGUGCGAUUUACUUUUUUGGAAGUUCUGCGUAGAACUAGGAAAGGACAUGUUAUAAUUUGUUGAUUAAGACAUUUAUUAACAGCUAGAACUAAAUCUAAAAGCCAGGUUUUGUCUUUGGGUCUAACAUUACUACUCUUAAACAUUCUGCUUUUGAGCGGCUGUGGAAUUGGAACAGAAUAGGUUAGUGCUCCAUUAAAUGCCUGUGUUGCAGUGCUUUGUUUGAAGUAAAGGCAGAAAACUUGCAAUGACAAGCUUGGGUUUUAUUUGAUUGGCCUUGAAAACUUCAUACAAAUAAAGAUAAUGGAAAGAUCUGAAAAUUGACCUUUUCGUUAUUUGAAUGUUUCCUUGCAGCAUUGGAAACACAACUGUAACGGCAUUGUGCUGGUAUAGGAGAACUGAAAAACUCAGCUGAGCAGUCUAGUUCAUUGUCCAAACUGAGUGAAAUACUAACUAUAAAUGGCAUUUGAGAGGAAAACAAAAACUGUAUUUUUAAAAUCCUUUAAUAUACAGGUUUAGCAAUACAGGUAAGGGAAACCUUCAAAUAUUUUAUUUUGAAAGUGUCAGAGGUACAUUUAAAAAAACAGGACAAUAAGGAAGAAGUGGUAAAAUUAUCGCUUUUCCAAUUCCUUGUGAUACUAUAAACAAACAUUUUUAAGGUGAUUUUAGAGUAAGAAGUAACAGCAAGAAACUUACAAUGAACUCAUGCUCUAACCUAUAAAUCUGGGGGUUUGGAAAAAUUCAGACAUGAAUUUCACACCUGUUUGAGUUUUGUUCUGAUGUAUAAUGGUGCUUUACUUGGCCGUAGGAACAGUUUUCCCUUAUGGAAUGCAUAGGCUUGUUCACAGACUUUUCGUCAUAAUCUAAGAAAACUUUUGAUAGCUUCACCUUUGGAAAUGCCUUAAGCUGAUUUAUGUAUCCUAUAAUUUAUCACUGAUAGUAUGAAAUUUAUGUCAUCAUGUAUUCUUUUUGUUUAAUGUGGAAUUAUGGAUUUUGCAUGGAGUUUGCUUUUUACACGUUAGGAGAUAAAAUUUUGCAGGUUUAAGUUGUUAAUGUUUAGAGUGUAAUUGUUUCAAAUUAUAUAUUACUCAAAUUUCUGGGUAGAUUUACUAUCAUUAGCUAAAAAAAGCUGUUAUGGUUGAAUCCAGCAUAACAUUUUAUGUUCAUAUGACCAGUUUCCAUGGGAUACACACUUACAGGCUGCAACUUUUCAUGCUUUCUUUAUGCUGAACAUGACCUUUUUCAAAGACUGGAAAAAAGUCCAUCUAGCAAACUUUGUGGGAAGGUUACACACUACAAGCAAUACCCACCUAACACAAGCAAAGUAUAUUCCUACUUUGAAUGUCGUGAAAAGAAGACUGAAAAUUCCAAAUUAAGGAAAGUGAAAUAUGAAGAAACUGUUUUUUAUGGUUUGCAGUACAUUCUGAAUAAAUACUUAAAAGGUAAAGUGGUGACCAAAGAGAAAAUCAGGGAAGCCAAAGAAGUAUAUAGGGAGCAUUUUCAAGAUGAUGUCUUCAAUGAAAAGGGAUGGAACUAUAUUCUGGAGAAAUACGAUGGCCAUCUUCCUAUAGAAAUAAAGGCUGUUCCUGAGGGCUCUGUAAUUCCCAGAGGAAAUGUUCUUUUCACAGUAGAAAACACAGAUCCAGAGUGCUACUGGCUCACAAAUUGGAUUGAGACUAUUCUUGUGCAGUCAUGGUAUCCAAUCACAGUGGCUACAAACUCUAGAGAGCAGAAAAAGAUUUUGGCCAAAUAUUUGCUAGAGACUUCUGGCAGCUUGGAAGGACUGGAGUAUAAACUGCAUGACUUUGGCUACAGAGGAGUUUCUUCACAAGAGACUGCAGGAAUAGGAGCUUCAGCUCAUUUGGUGAACUUCAAAGGAACAGACACUGUAGCAGGAAUUGCAUUAAUUAAAAAGUACUACGGUACAAAAGAUCCAGUUCCAGGAUAUUCUGUUCCAGCUGCUGAACACAGUACCAUAACAGCUUGGGGGAAAGAUCAUGAAAAAGAUGCUUUUGAACACAUAGUGACACAGUUUUCUUCAGUGCCUGUAUCUGUGGUUAGUGACAGCUACGACAUUUACAAUGCAUGUGAAAAAAUAUGGGGUGAUGACUUAAGGCAUAUAAUUGAAGCCCGAAGUCCAGAGGCACCACUUAUUAUUAGACCAGAUUCUGGGAAUCCCCUUGACACUGUUUUAAAGGUCUUGGAGAUCUUAGGGAAGAAGUUUCCCAUUACAGAGAACUCAAAAGGCUACAAAUUGCUGCCACCAUAUCUCAGAGUUAUUCAAGGGGAUGGUGUGGAUAUCAACACAUUGCAAGAGGGGAUGCUGGUAGAACAGAUUGUGGAGGGAAUGAAGAAGAAUAAAUGGAGUAUUGAGAAUAUUGCCUUUGGAUCUGGUGGAGCUUUGUUGCAGAAACUAACCAGAGAUCUCUUAAACUGUUCCUUCAAGUGUAGUUACGUGGUGACCAACGGUCUCGGGGUAAAUGUCUUCAAGGAUCCGGUUGCUGAUCCAAACAAAAGGUCAAAGAAAGGACGACUGUCGUUGCAUAGGACACCUGCUGGAGAUUAUGUGACACUUGAAGAAGGCAAGGGAGAUCUUGAAGAGUAUGGACAGGAUCUCCUUCAUACAGUAUUUAAGAAUGGAAAGGUAACGAAGUCAUAUUCAUUUGAUGAAGUAAGACAAAAUGCCAGGCUGAAGAACAGUGAACUAGAAAUGGUGUCUCACUAAGUUUCAUUCCAUGUCUGUGUAUGUGUGUGUGUAACAAGUAUGUACUGCAUAGCUACUGGGUUUAUUGUACAGAUUUGUGUGUUUGUGUUUUAUGACAUUGUAGCCAAAUUAUUUGUUGGUUUAUGGACAUACUGCCCUAUCUUUUGCCAGUCUUUAGAAAAGAUGAAAUCAGGAAAUGGUACUUACAUUGUAAAACAUAUAUAAUGCUAAAGUGUGCUUUUUAGGGCCCUUUGCCAGUAGUGAUUCAAUCUGGUAUUGAUCUUUUCACAAAUGAGACAGAGCUGAGAAACUUUUUUAUAUAUAACAGAAUAUCACAAAAUGGAUUUACAUAAAAUUAUCAUGAUUGCUUUAUGUUUAUAUUUAACUUGUAUUUUUGUACAAACAAGAUUGUGUAAAAUAUAUUUAAAGUUUCAAUAAUUAAGUCUUUCCAACUUUUCAUGAUUUUUAUGAGCACAGACUUUCAAGAAAAUAUUUGGGGGGGGAAAUCCAUUGCCUUUUGUCCAUUAAUCAGCAAAUAAAACAUGGCCUUAAAGUUUAUUGUGACAUUGUACCAUUUGAUGACUAAAUCAGGACUCGUAUCUUCUUAAGAACCCAUAGAAUUGCUGACCUCACUGUUUCUUGUAGUUGUCUGUAUUGGUAAAUCUGCAUUGAAGAAAAUGACUGUUCUUACUAGAAGGUUUAGGUACUACAGACCUUGCUGGCAUGGUAAGGUAUGUAAAUGAAAUGCCAAAUUUGAAAGAAUUCUCUACUGCAGUUUAACUUGCCAAGUCUAUCCCACUUGGCAUAUGCACCUCAAUAUUUUAAGAGUAAAGUUUUUAAGAGAUCUCCUCUUCCACUAUAGAAUAUAUGUGUAAAAUACUGAAAUAUGGAAGCGGUGUAUUUUAAAGUAAUUACACUUCUGGGUUUAUUUUUCAUAUACUGUAAGUGACAUGACUUUAAAGCAAAAUACUGGACUGGGUAGUGCACUUUUUUACUUUUUUGUAUUUUUUUCAUUGAUUUGCCUUUUGUCAGACUGGAUGUUAAAUUGUAAAAAUGUUUAACUAUUUUUGUUAACAACUUUAAUAAAACUUUAUGCUAGCCAAACUCCUACAUGAAUGGCAGACCUGUUUCCCCUUCUCGCCCUGUCUCAUUGAGGUGAGGAGGGGCUUUUAUUUUGCAGAGGGUAACUAUAAAACAAUAUGUUUGAGAGAUACUUUUGAACUGUCUGCACUUGAUUGUAUUUGCUCUCUGCAUAUGCUUGAUUUGAAUAUCUGCUGGAAAACAAAACUGUUGAGGAUUUUAUUUGAGAAGCUAUGUAGUAACCUCUGAAAUGUUUGAUAGUACUGUAGGAUGGCUCUCACUAGAAAAGUACCUCCCUUACUUAAAAACAACAGCAAAAGUAAACGGCUCCUGUGUUAUGCUGGUGAUCAACUAUCCGCCAAUGGCUUAAUAUACUGAUGUAAUUAAUGCUUCUAAUAAGUAAACGAUGUUACAGAAAAUUGUUAGGGGUACUUUAAAAUAAUUUAAGCCUACAAAAUUUUAUAAACUGUUCUCUUAAAGGAAGACUGAAAAGCCAUACUUCAUUGUUCUUAUUCUCUCACCAAAAAGGGCCACAUCAAAGCACCCAUAAUAUUUCCAGGGUUUGUGGUUAAGAUGUUUAUGCCCAGUCUCAAUAGUUCUUGUUAAUAAAAACUUGUUUUCCACUUGUAGUGUAUGUAAUUAUACAUUUAAGUGAUGUAUUGUUUCAAAAAUAGUGCUUUAGUAAGACUCUAAAUGCUGACCUUUCACACUGAGGAACUGCCUUCCCUUUGCUAUUAAUGAUAUUGUUUGUAUUUGGCCAGGAAAGAUUUUAAAUCUGGACCUAGGAUCAGUAGCAGGUAAAUAGUACAGAGCCUAUUUCACUCCUCCACAUGUGUACUAGGGAAUUUUAUGAUGUAUGGUUUAAAAAACAGUAAAGUAAAUGCUGCUUUCAUUCUGUACCAAUAAAAAAUUUUGAUAACUA